AUUGGUAUAUUAGAAUGUGACAACAAACAAGUUUUAAGGCAUUUAUCAUUUGCAGAAAUUUACCAAAUUAGUGAAGCCGUUGAAAUACAGUUAAAAUUAUUUAAAAAUUAUGUUGGAAUUUUAAUGGACCACAAUGUUUAUUUGUUGCCUGUUAUUAUGAGCUUAUAUAGAAUGAAAUGCCCCUUUAUAUUUUUGAAAAAACAUCAAUUACACAGUUUAUUGCAUUUCAAUUAUUUGUUAAGUCUUGAAGAACUACACAGUACUAAAUCAUUCAAUAAGUUGAAAGUUAUUAAGAUCAAUUCAAUAAACAUAUUUCUAUGGGAAAGAAAGGAGAAAUUGACAGAAUAUGAAGAUACUGAAAAUAUAUUUUGUAUAUUACAAACUUCAGGAUCUACAGGGACAAGUAAAAUAGUUAAAGUUUUAACAAGCUGCAUAGCAGAUAAUGCAAUAAAUUUAAGUAAAAUUUUCAAAAUAUCAGAUACAGACACAAUAUUUUGGGGCACUCCAUUAACAUUUGAUCCUAAUCUUAUUGAAUUUUUAAUGGGACUAGAAAAAACUGCAACACUAGUUAUUGUACCUUACAAAUUCCGUUUAAAUCCCAAUUAUUUAUUUGAUGCACUUUUUACCAUAAGUACUAAAAUUUAUACUGGAAUUACUUUUUUACAAAUUGUCCCAUCAGUUUUUAACCGAUGGAAUCCAAACCAAAUAGAAAAAAUAUUAAAAAGCAAACUGAGAAUUUUGGCCUUUGGUGGUGAACAAUUUCCACAAAAUAUAUUGACAUACAAAAAAUCUAGUCAUAUGAAAUUGUUUAAUCUGUAUGGUAUCACAGAACUGUCCUGUUGGGCCACAGUUAAGGAAGUUAUUGAGACAUAUGGAGAUCAAAUUGGAAUUGGAGAACCCAUAGGGGACACAAUUGUGCAGGUCAGAUGUGAAGAUGGUACCAUUGUGCAAAAAGGGAAGGGUGAAAUAUUUAUUGGAAGUCGCAGUAGACACUGUCUUGUGGAUAAAGAAGGCUCUAGUCAUGUCAAAGAAGAAAAAGCAAUCAUUAAUGAAUGUGAAUCAAGAAGUAAUCACUGGGAUGUUAAUGAAGAUUCUAAUCAAGUUAAAAUUGAAUUUAGAAAAACUGGAGAUGAAGCAAUCAUCAACGAAUAUGGUACGUUUUAUAUAGGUAGAUUAGAUAAUGUUAUAAAAAGACUUGGACACAGAGUGAAUCUAGAAGACAUAGAAAGAAUUAUAGAAAAAGAAAUCAAUUUAAAAAGUAAGUGCGUAUUUAUACCAGAACCAAAAAAGAUUGCUUGUUUUAUCCAAAUAGAUAAUUUGGAAAACUCUGUAAUGAAAUAUAAAACAACUGACAAAAUAAGAGUUAAGCUUUUGAACAUAAUUCCAAAAGAAAUGUAUCCAGACUCAUUAGAACUGAUUACAAAAUUCCCAUUAAAUAAACAUGGAAAAAUUUGUAAAAAAACACUUGAAAACCUAUAUUGGUCUUGUCAAGAUGGUAACCAAGAAACAAACAGUGGUGACUUUUUUAUUAACACCUUAACUCGAUAUUUGGGUUUAGACGUUGAUUCAAUUGAAGACUGGAAGCAGUACAGUUUUUUUGAACUUGGAGGAAAUUCUAUAACAUUUAUACAAGUUUUAAAUGAGAUUCAAGAAUAUUUUGGUAAGGACUCCAAAGAACAAUUUGUCAAACUGUUGUUUGAAGAAAGUUUGCAAACCAGUAUAACAAUUGCCAGUAAUAUUAAACGUGUAGAAAAGAAAAGAAAAAUAUACGAAACUGAAAUUGCGACGAGACGAAGAAAAUCCGGACUAGCUUUGAAGAUUAGUUGGAAGUAUGAUUUACAAGCUUGUGUUGAUAGUUCACCUUUAGUUUUUAAAUUCAGAGAUGCUACAUUCAUAGCUGUAGGAAGUUUUUCAAAUAUUUUCGUAAUAUUAACUUCCUCCGGCGAAGAAUACUAUAAGGUUGUUCUUGGAGGUCACAUAGAAGCUUCCGCGACAUAUGUAGAUGAACAUGAGUCAAUACUUAUAGGAUGUUUCGAUGGUAAAAUGUAUUGCAUAGAUGUCAAACAGAAAACCAUCAAAUGGACUUGCAAAACUGAAGAUCAAGUCAAAAGUCAACCUUGUGUUUGCCUUAAAGGAAGUGCAGUUGCUUUUGGAUCUUAUGAUAAGAAUAUACGCUGUGUAUCAAUUUUGGAUGGAGCAGUUAUUUGGAAAACUUUUGCAUCUGAAGCUGUAUCAUGCAAGCCUGUAGUGAAUGAAAAGAAUGUCAUAUAUUUUACAUCUAUAUCUGGAAAUUCUUUUGGUUGCAAAGAAGACACAGGUGAAAUAAUCUGGAAAUAUAAUUUGAGAAGUCCAACUUUUGCAUCACCAACGUUGUUGGGUUCGCAGAUACUUAUUCCAACUGUAGAUGGUAUCAUUCAUUAUGUAACUGAACUAGAAGAGAAGACUGCGUUUAAAUGUGAUGGUAACAUAUUUUCUUCCCUAACAGUAUAUCAAGACAAGUUAGUUUGUUGUUGCAAUAAUGGUUAUUUGUACAUUGUCAAAUUUUGCGACGUUACGUUUGAUCUCUUAUAUAAACUAAAUUUAAGUGUUCCUUUUACCACUAAACCAACUAUAUUCAAACAUAACGAAAAUGUCUACAUUUUAACGAACAGUAAUAAUGGUCAUUUGUAUGUUAUGGAUAUGAUUGAUGGAGAAGUGUUAUGUGAAUUUUCGUUAGAAAAUGAAACAUUUUCAUCAAGUGUUUACUGUGAUAACAAUAUAUUUAUAGGAUGUAGAGAUAAUAAUUUGUAUUGUUUAGAAUUGUCACAUAACAUUGUUGAAGAUAUUUCAAAACCGUAAAAAUGUUUGUUGACAUUUAUAUUAUUGACCAUUUACAAAUUUGAGGUGCCCCUAAAUAAAUGAAAGGGUGAACUCUGAAAAUAUUGCAUCUUAACUUCUUAUUUGGGUGUUAGUAAAUAGCUCCUAAUAAUAGUUCCCAACUUGCGUAUGACCAAAUAUGCUACAACACUGAAGAUGAUCAUGUGUACAUUCGUAACGAAUAAAGUUUUUAUAAUUUAAAAUAUUGAUGAUUCAUAGUAACAUUUGAAUUAUCAAAAUUUUAUUCGAAGCGAACGUAAACAUGCCAUUUUUCGUUCAUAGUAUACUUGGCCAUGUACUAGUUUGGUACCAUUGUUAAGUUGUACUUCCUAAUACUUAAGUGAAGACGUCUAAGUGAAGUAAUUUGAAGAAACUAGAUUAAAGGAUUAAUUCAAAUACAAUUCUGAAAAUAUUUAAUUUAGUCUUUUAGAGUAUUUUCGCAUAAUUAUUUUAAGUAAUGGUUAAUGAUGCUUCAUCAAUGAUUUACUAGUUUUACUAUUUUUUGGUUACUGACUAGCAUCUCAAAGGUUUGAAGUCAUGUAAAAUCAGAAAUUAUUAAAUGUAUUAUAUAAUAUGUAUUAAAUAUUUUGAUACAAAAAUUGUGAUUUGUUCUUACAGGAAUAGCAUUAUAAGAUAAUCAAUAAAUAAUGUUAGUCUUGGACCAGAAUAUUGUAUACAUAUUAUAAUUUUAGUUUUGAUAGUGAAAUGUAUCUUUUUAAACCUUUUCGACCUACCUCUUUCAAAGACAUUACCGAAUAAGGAACCAGACAUUAAAUGUAAGUUACAGUGGAGUAUGUUAUGACUAACACUCAAUAGACUUUAUACAACAAUGUGCCGAUUUAGAGAUUUUUGAGAAGUUUUAAAAAUUCUUGUUUACCUUAUAUUUGAGAAUGGGCAUAGUUAUGAAUGCAAAUGGAGGCCGUGAAUAGCGUAUCGGGUUUUGAGACGAGCGAUACGAGUCCAUCCCCACCUUCAGCCUUUUUAUACUCCUGAUUCUUGUCUCAGUUACUAUCAAUUAAUGAUCUUUUUACUGUUGUUAGAUAUUAUGUCAGAUAUUAAAAAUGAUUUAAAAAACUAAUACUGAAAAAAAUAUUAAUGUUACCACAAAUUGGAUAAUAUUUCGGGAAGAUUUCAUAAACAAUUAAUUGUCAAAGUUAUUUUUUAACAAGUUUUUUAUCUGAUAUUUAAUAACUGAAAGCAGUAAAAAUAAUCGAUAUUAUUAGGUAAGAACUCAAGAAACAGAUGAAAGAAAAACUAAAAGUGGAAUGGACCUCAUACUACCCGUGUCAAAAUAAAAGAUACGCUACUCAGCCACCACUUGUAUUAAUAACUUUGCUUAUUCAUAAAUAUAAGAUUAACACGAAUUUUUAAAACUUUCAAAAAUUUCAAGUAGUUGUAUAAAAUGUGUUUGGGAGUCAUGAUAGAGAGAAGUACUCCUCUCUAACAUACAUCACAAAUCCCAUAUUUGGUAGUCUUAUAUAAAAAAUGGUGAGUCGGGAAGAACGCCUACAGUACAUUAAACAUGUUAAUAUUUGUUUUCUAGUUUAGCGAAAUAAUAAAAGAAUGGGGCGUAAUCUAUUGAUCUGUAUUUUUACAAUAUUUCCUUAUAUUAUAUACUUCUGUAACAUCAAU